AUGUCGGCUCUGGAGUGGUACGCGCACAAGUCCUUGGGCGACGGCAUCUUCUGGAUCCAGGAGCGCUUCUUCGAAUCCGGCAACCGUGCCAACAUCUGGCUGGUGCGCGGCACUGAGCAGGACGUAGUGAUCGAUACCGGGCUGGGGCUUCGAAGCCUGCCCGAAUAUCUGUACUCGGCUGGCCUCCUGCAGGACCCGGACAAAGGGGAGGACUUGGUGCGACGGCCGCUGCUGGCCGUGGCCACCCACGUCCACUUCGAUCACGCCGGUGGACUCUACCAGUUUGACCAGGUAGCCGUGCAUCGGGCCGAGGCGGACGCCCUGGCCCGCGGAGACAACUUUGAGACGGCGACCUGGCUGUCGGAGAGCGAGGUGGUGCGGGCGCCCAGCCCUGGCUGGAACGCCAGGCAGUUUCGAGUGCAAGCGGUGCAGCCCACCCAUAUCCUGCAGGAGGGGGAUGUGAUCAGCCUUGGUGACAGACAGCUCACUGUCAUGCACAUGCCUGGUCACUCCAGGGGAAGCAUUUGCUUACUCGACAAAGAUCGGAAGAUUCUCUUCAGUGGAGAUGUUGUUUAUGAUGGAGCAAUGAUUGACUGGCUUCCAUACAGUCGGAUAAAUGAUUAUAUCGUAACCUGUGAGCGUCUGAUAGAAUUGGUGGACAGCGGUGUGGUAGAGAAGGUGCUUCCUGGUCACUUCAACACUUUUGGAGCUGAAAGGCUUUAUCGCUUGGCUUCCAACUACAUUUCAAAAGCUGGGUUGUGCCACAAAGUUUCAACCUGUGCCAUGAGAUCUCUUGCAAGUUUAGCUCUGCGUGUAACCACCUCUAGGACCCCAUCCUAGUUUGUGAGGAUUGAUUUAUAUCAUGUAAUUGAUACUUUUAAAACUAAGUAGUUUUGUUGUUGAAAUAAUUGACCACGAUCAUUUCAAGAAGUGCUUUCUCAAUAUUAAGCGGGAGGGAAGGGGGAUGAUUUGAGAAGGAAGAAGCCAAAAGAGGGAGAUUUCUUAUUUUAAGUUAUUUACUUCCCACCAAAAUAGUAAU